AGCUUUCCACUUUGAUUCAUUCAUUUUACACUUGUCCCGACGUUUCCCCCAUAGGACCUUUGUUGUGCUGCAUUACUGUUUCGCAGGUUUGCUUCACACAACACAAGAAGGGAAAACCACUAUUCCACAACAAAACUCACAGGUAGAUGCCCUGUAAAUUAGGACGAAAUUGAAGAUUUCUGGAUAAAUUGAGGGGGUGUGUGUGUUGAAGGUCACUGCUGGUCAUGUCGGACAACGAGGAAGUGGCGGAGGAGGAGUACGAAGAGGAGGUGGAAGAGGAGGAAGAGGAGGUCGAGGAAGGUCAGGCCGAAGACGAGGAAGUGGAGGAGGAAGCAGACGAACCCACUGAACAAGAGCAGGAGGAUGCGGUGGCCGGUGAAGAAGAAGGUAUGAGAGGACAAACACGAGAUGGCGGUGCAGAAGCAGACGAAGGAGAAGAGGAAAGCAAACCAAAGUUCAAGCCAUUCAUGAUGCCCAACCUCAUCCCGCCCAAGAUUCCAGAUGGCGAGAAGGUUGAUUUUGAUGACAUACAUCGUAAACGGAUGGAAAAGGACCUGAUGGAGCUUCAAACUUUGAUUGAAGUUCAUUUUGAAAGCAGGAAGAAGGAAGAAGAUGAGAUCAUGCAACUUAAGGAGAGAAUCGAGAGGCGCCGCUCUGAACGAGCAGAGCAGCAAAGAAUUCGCAGCGAGCGAGACAAAGAGAGACAGAAACGUUUAGAGGAUGAGCGCACUCGCAAAGAAGAGGAGGAGGCCAAGAAGAGAGCCGAGGAGGACGCCAAGAAGAAGAAAACCCUGACCAGUCUGCACUUUGGAGGUUAUAUGCAGAAACUGACAGAGAAGCGCAGCGGCAAGAAGCAAACAGAGAGGGAGAAGAAGAAGAAGAUCUUGAAUGAAAGACGCAAGUCUCUUGAUAUUGAUACCAUGAACCAGGAGCAGCUCAAAGCGAAAGCAAAGGAGCUCUGGGAGUGGAUGAAAGAGCUGGAAGCCGAGAAGUUUGAGCUGCAAUACCAGAUAACCAGCAAAAAAUAUGAGAUCAAUGUACUCCGGAACCGUGUCAGUGACCACCAGAAAACAUCCAAGAGGACCAAGAGAGGCCUGAGGAAAUGAAGCUGGAAUAAGAUUGAGGUUGAAAUCAAGCAAGCUCAAACCAAUCCUCACUCGCAACUCUUUCCAAAUAACAGCCAUCACGUACACAUCAUGGCUUACCAUUAUUUUAUUUAUGGAUGUUGAAUAAAUCAUUUCAGUUUUUUUUUCUCUUGACUUUGUGAACAGUCAAUCUGGACAAGUUCACCUCUUGACACAGCACCGUAGGAAUAAAAAGGCCAAAAAGCCGAAAGCAAAGAUGAGACGGGAUCCUUAUGAGAGACAGGCACUGACUUGACUGGGAUUGUUGAAAUGAUCCCAAGGUCACAAAACUGACACAAAGCAGAGGUUCAAGAAAAUGCUGAAAGUCUUCAUUCAAUGAUCAAUAAAAACCAUGAACAAGAAACAGGGAACUUGAGGUGUAAAGAUAUACAAAGGAGGAAAUACAUUAAAAAAAAAAAAGAUUUGGAUUUCAACGAGUUUGUUGAAAUCCAAAGUUGGGCAGUUGGGACAACCUUGUACCAGGUUUGUAGUGAGAAAUGUGACGGUGUAUCAUUACAUCGUUUGUUGUGCAAAAAUAGGAUGAGAUUACCAUUGCAGAUUUGGUGUACAGAAACAAAAGCACAAUUCUUCUGUGAAUGAGUGACCGUAAAUGCUGGUAAGUAUAUGCCUCUACAUUUCAACAAAACUUUAACUGCAUCGGCGUGUCCUAAUUUCAAAGCAGUCAAACUAAAUCUACUCAUGAAAAGGAAGAAUGAUAAUUGUCAACCAUCUCCAUUUGGUUAUCACAAUAGCAUAAAUGCCGACAAUAUUAUUGGAAAAAAUACUACCAAGGUGUUGUUCAAAACUAGUUUUUUUUUUUAAUCCUUUGUGUAGAUUCGCAGUCACCCAGAUCAUGAUAACCCGCAAACGAUGACUCGAGGAAACUGAACUCGCACUUUUUGUUGUUUUGUCUUGUUUUCCAAAAUUGACUUGAGCAAUAGAGCUAUUAAAGUAACGAUUUGCUCUGUCUUUGUUCCAUUUGUUUGCUUAAGUUUAUUCAUUAGACUACGGAAUGGUUGGGCACGAUAAAAAGAAUUCCCAAAUAUCAGUUCUGUGUUUUGAAUUCCUCAUUUUAUUCAUAAAACAGAAAAAAAACAUGUUAAAAAAUAAGCAAGGUAUAACAUGAAAUAUAAAUCUAUUAAUUUGCCUGCUUAUAACAUUAACAGAAAAGGAACAUUCAGAGUUAAUUUUACACAUCGGUAAAUAUACUGUCGCGGUGAGUUUAAUGAGUUGCCAGUAGCGGUUAAUAUAGCAAACACAAUGUAACUGUGUCACAUGUUUCCACAGUAUAACAUGGUUUGUACUAUUUUCAUGUUUCAAAAUAUACCAAUGAGUUAGAACAUUUUAAGUCGUGAUCAUUUGAGGAGAUCCUAACGUCUCCUCCGGAUUUAAAGGCUAAUGCUAACUUAUACCAAGCCAGGCUAGGCUAACUGUCUUACAUGGGAUAGAUUUCUCCUUUAAUAUCAUUUUGGAAAGCUAAAACAAUUUCCCCGUAACUCAGUGUUUAGCAAGAAAUUAAAUUAACAAAGCACACGUUCCCAUUUUUCUUUCAUUCAUAAUCAUCAUCAUCUCCUGAGUCCUCAAGAUCACAAGGAAGAAGUGAUUAUAAGUGAUAUAUUUAACCUUUUCACUACAUACACAUACUACUCAACAGAAGCCAUAAAAAAACCUCACACGCAAGUUAACCAAGCAAAAAAAAAAAAAAAAAAAAAAACUAAA